AAAAGGGUGAAAAAAUAUCAUUUUUUUUCCGGUUCCAGGUUAUGGAAUGUCAGAGAUUCGGCGCAGGUUCCUGACGUGUGGUGAUCCCAGCCUCCAGUGCGAUUACGGUGUGAUCAUGGUGUAUGGGGUCAAAUUCAGCACUAUUGAGUUGUCAUCAAACGAGAGACCUAAAGCCUGCUCCGAUACAGAGGCCUUCAACGGUGUGUCUGACAGGUGUGAUGGAAAUGAGAAGUGUGAUGUGGCGACCUCCGGCAGUGUGUGUGACCUCUGUAACUCUGCAUACCUGAUUAAUAUCUUCCUGGACGUUACCUAUGGCUGCCUGGAGAGCAAGAAGGUGACUACCUGUGAGGGUGUGGUGCAUUUGGAAUGUGGAGAUGGGGUGGUCUUUCUCCAGAAAGCACUGUAUGGACGCCUAGACAGCCAGACCUGUAGUCAGGGACGACCUCAGAGUCAGCUGACUAACACAAAGUGUUCCCAGGAAGGAACUCUGGCACUCUGGUCACAGAGGUGUGACGGGAAGCAGACGUGUGAGGUGAACAUGAGAGUGAAUCAAAUCUCGGACCCUUGUGUCGGAACCUACAAAUAUCUGGACGUCACCUACAUCUGCCUUCCUGCUAAGACCAGUAUCACCUGCGAGGGCUCAACCAGCUCCCUGGACUGUGGUAAGGGUGUGAUAAAGGUGUUUCAUGCUAACUACGGCCGUAGAGACGGCUCUACCUGUUCUGCUGGACGACACGAGCUCAGCAACCAGAACUGUCUGCAACCCAAAACCCUGGACGUUGUCAAACAAUGGUGUGAGGGAAAGAGUCAGUGCACUGUGGGGCUUGAUCCGGUCUUCGGGGACCCCUGCUUUGGAACCUACAAAUACCUGGAGGUUUCCUACACCUGUCUGAGAGGCUCCCCUACAGUGUAAUGAUGGCCUGGCUCGGCUGCUGCCACUUCCUGUCCGCCUCCAUCGAAGAACUUCGACUGGAUGCCUGAUAAAUCAAUUAAUAAACCAAUCAAUAAAUCAAUAAAUCAAUGUGCAAACUAGUGACUGAAGGUUAAUGUGUAGCCAGCUCAUUUUCAGACCAGUGUUUUUAGAGAACACAACCC